AGUACGAGAGUGGGUGUGUACGCACGGUGUGUUCCGCAGCCCUGCCGCCUCGCUGCCCGUGUCGUGUGUCGUGUGCCGCCCCCUUCGUGUUGACGUCGUCCUGCACAGGUGCCGCCGUACGGUGUGCCCGGUGACGUGUGGCAGACAGGUGUCGCGUGAGAAUACAGAGUCGUGCGUCGAGUGCCUGGCUGGCCCAGUGAGAGGAGUCUGUGCAGGAGCGUGGCCGCCGCCAUGGCUCAAUAAGGCAAGGACAUGGCCGUCUCCACCACCGUUCGAAGCUUCUGUCGUUUUUUCAGUGCACUAGGAACCUUUGCCGCCUGGGAAGACCCGUAGCCUCGCCCCGCAGCGCCGCGAGGACCACUAGUGCCGGCCGCAGGCCACUCUCUCCCGCAGCGUCGGCCAAGCCAUGGUGAUGAACACGUUCCGGUCAAAGUUGCGGCGGCGCCGCGACGAGCUCUUCCGCCGGGGCUCGGACGAGUCUGACGAGUGGCAGUUCGUGCCCUUCAACCCCUCGGUGUACCCGGCGAACAACAACAACAGCCACACCCUCAACAACAACGGCACCACCUCCCCUGGCGAGCCCUCGGCCCCUCCCCUGCCCAAGCCGGCCCUUCGGCCCUGGGCCCUGCAGCGAGCCUCCUGGCACGAGGGCCACCCCCCAGUGCCGCCCCACGGACACGGCUCCGUGGCCAAGAGUUACUUCCCACUGCCGCCAUGCCCUGACCCCUCGCCGCCCCCCUUGCCCCCUCACGGUCAUGGCUACCCCAUGUAUCCAGGCUCUGUGCCGCCUUGGUACGGCGCCCAGUUCCACGUGUCGGGACUCAACUAUCCAGCCUCGGUCCCUCCAGGCCAGGCCCGACCCUCCCCCGUGGUGCUGCGCCGUGCCACCCGCGCCCCGCCGCCCCCCGCCGAGGAGCCGUCCUCCGAGCGGGGCUCCAGCAGGCCCAACAGUGGCGGGCCCACAGCAACCAGUGGCGGCUCCAGGCCCAACAGUGGCGGGCCCACAGCCAGCAGUGGCGGCUCCAGGCCCAACAGUGGCGGGCCCACAGCCAGCAGUGGCGGCUCCAGGCCCAACAGUGGCGGGCCCACAGCCAGCAGUGGCGGCUCCAGGCCCAACAGUGGCGGGCCCACAGCCAGCAGUGGCGGCUCCAGGCCCAACAGUGGCGGGCCCACAGCCAGCAGUGGCGGCUCCAGGCCUAACUCUGCUGGACCCAUAGCAAGCAGUGGCGGACCCACUACCUCUGUUGGAAGCUUCAGAUCCAACAGUGUCGGCGCCGCACCCGCCACUACGGUCCCGAGGUCCAGCAGCGGCGGCCCCGGACCCUUGGCCACAGGGUCAAGACCAAACAGCGGCGGACCUCCACCCUCAGGCGGGAGCCACCGACCCACCAGCGGCGGGCUGGCCCCCAGCACCACCGGCUCUAGGCCCGCCGGCGUCAGGGGACACUCCAGACCCAACAGCAUCGCUAGCAUGGAGGGCCUUGGCUCCAUCGUGGCGCCCCCCAGGGUGCCGCCGCGGCCCAACAGUGGCUGCUCCGAUGUGGUGGACGGCCUCGCCCUGAGCCCCGAAGGCCCCGCCCCCGAGGUGCCGCCCCACGGCCGCCCAAAGGUGCCGCCCCAUCUGAUCAGCCCAAGGAACAACAUCCCAGGCGCCACCCUCCCCCCACCCCCCACCGUGCCCCUCCCGCCACCCCCUGUGCCCGCCCACGCCCCCACCAAGCCCACCCACCUCAACUUGGAACACCUGACGCCCUACCUGGCCUCGCUGCUCCCGGGCGGCGAGGCUCAGCAGCAGCAGGACGAGGAGUCUCCCCAGUCCCCGGAGUACAAGCUCCCCGUGGAUCAGGUGCACGAGUACCGCUCCCCCUGCAGCUCCCCCGAGGCUGACCCAGGGGAGAAGGGGAGCGGCGUGGGCUCUGGCGGGGCGGGCGGCGGCGGGCGGGAGCAGCGGCGGUCUGACCCUGGAGGCGUGGCGGCGCUGGCCAACCACGCGUCCUGCCCCGCCGCCACCACCUCCCCCGCCUCCACCAACCACGCCCUCAGCACCGCCCACCCCGGCCUCGCCUCCUCCCUGGCCGCCGGUGACCUGCCCAACAACGGCUCCGAGGCCCAUGAGGAGUACGGCUCGCCCGACCCCUCCUCGCCCGGCCUAGGACCCCCCGACCCCUCACCUCCGGUGAAGCAUCACAAAAAGAAGGAAGGACAAGUCAACCGCUCCGAGAGUCUCAAGGAGAAGCAGCCUAGACGGAAACGAACGAGAGAGAACCGAAAGCACAGCGACCCAAACAUUCCCACCUCCAAGUCUGGCGAUGUGGACGCGGACUCCAGCCUCAUCCCGGAUAACUCCGGCAGUUCAUCCAACUCAAGUCUUUCACCGAGCCUGGAGAGCCCCAGCCACUCCUUGGAGCACGUGUCCCGCGACGCGCCCCUCCCUGCGCCGGUCCUCUUGAACGAUUCAGACAUCGAGUCGGAGGCGGACCUUCCCAACUGGCAGAAACUGGUGCCCAUCGAAGAGAUCAAGAAGCUCAAGCCCAAGGACCGCAAGAGGCAAGACACUAUCAAUGAGCUGUUCCACACGGAGAGAACACAUGUACGGGUCUUAAAGGUCUUAAAACACCUCUUCCAAGUGCCGAUGUCAGAAGCAGGACUCCUCUCUAAACAAAACCUGGACCUGCUCUUCCCCAACCUGGAUGAGAUGCUGGAGAUCCAUGUCACCUUCAACCAGGCCAUGAAGAAGCGGAGACUGGAGGAGCCCAUCGUGUCCAGAGUGGGCGACGUCCUAAUCAACAUGUUUGAUGGUGAGCAGGGUGACUACUUCCAACAACAAGCUGCAGAGUUUGUGCGGUCACAGUUCACAGCCCUGGAGAACCUCAAGCAGCAGCAGAAGAGAGACCAGAGAUUAUCAAACUUCCUUCAGGAGCAAGAGAACAACCCAGCGUGUCGGAGGCUCCAGCUCAAGGACAUGCUGCCGGCAGGCUUCCAGAGAUUAUCAAAGUACCCGCUGCUCAUCGAGUCCCUGCUGAGCUACACAGACAGCACUGCCCAGCCUGAGGAGUAUGAGCAGCUCUCCCGGGCUCUGGAACGCUCCAAGGAGAUCCUGGCAUAUGUCAACCAGGCGGUGCAGGAAGCCGAGAACAGCCAACGACUGCACGAGCUGCAGCGCAAGUUGGACCAGUCGUCUCUUGCCAAGAACAAGCACGGCCAGUCGGAGGAGCUGAAAGGGAACCUUGACCUGACCAAACACAAGCUGAUCUACGAGGGUCUGCUGACGUGGCGCGUGGCCAAGGGGCAGAAGAACAUCGACCUGCUGGUGCUGCUGCUGGACGAGUUCAUUGUGCUGCUGCAGAAAGCAGACGACAAGUACAUUCUCAAAAACCACUCCAUCAUCAAGUCCAUGGUGAAGGAUGAAAACAAGCUGACCCAUUCCCCCAUCAUCAAGUACGGCCCGUCCAUGCUGUUCCGGGCAGUGGCUACAGACAACUGUGCCUUCUUCAUCGUCACCACCCAGUCCGUCGGGGCACAAAUCUACGAGCUUGUCACCUCGUCCCCUGCUGAGCGGAAAGUAUGGUUCCGCCACAUCCAGGAGGCGCAGGAGGCGUACACGGCGCGGGACGGGAGGAACCGCCGCGGCCACCAGCACACGCCGCUGCAGGACCCCGACGACUCCACGCCCCCGCCCUCGGACCCCCUCAGAGAUGUUGACGAUGGAGUGGAGGUGGAUGGAGGGGAGGCUGCAGAUGCCGCUGCUGAGGGUGCAGCAGACAAGACACAGCAAGGAGCAAAGUCCUCAGAGUCAUCAGGGAGGACUGAAGAGUCCCCUGGCUCUACCUCUUCAGCUCAACCUCCAGCUUCACCAGAAACACUUGCCAAGAAAACAGCAGAGGCGGGCGGGUCAAGCAGCAGCGUCAGCGGCCCGAGCGGCCCCACUCCCUCGGCUGGCCGGAGCCCCGCCUCCGGGCGUCGGCUCCAGGAGGUCCAGAUCAUCCAGAUCGUGGAGGGCACGACGCUCAUCCAGCCCUCGGAGGUGAAGGUCUCUCAGGGAGUGGUCCUCUCUGCUGAGCCGGUCCUCACCCCUAUAGAGUUGUUGCGGCGCAAGGACCUUAAGAUCCGGCAGGCUCUGGAGGAAAAGCAGCAGAUCAUUGCCAACAUACUGAACAUUCCUUAUGAAGACUUUGAGAGUGUGGUGGACAUGGCAGGUGAGCCAGCAGUGGGCAACAAGGAGCCCAAGGAGCUGGUGUUAGCAGCCAUGUUUCAGGCCAAAUGUUUACAAGAAAGCCUUAAUGAGGCCCUUAACCUCACUGAGGGAGACAUUGUAGCAGCAAGAGCCAAUGAGGGAAGGGGAGCAAGCUUACCCCUCUACCAGGCGCCCAUGGCCAAGCUGAUGAACAUCUCCACCACACUGUCUCAACAACUUUCUUCAUUACUGAAUCUUGUCUCGGAAAGGGAUGAUGAAAGAGAACGCAUGAGGAAAGAACUUGUUGCAUCACGGGAGCGCCUACACCUCCUACACAUGCGUCAGAACUCAGCCUCCAGUCAGACAGUAGGAGCCAGUACCCAAGUCCCAUCCUCCACCCAGCCCACGGCCUCCUCACCCUACACCUCUCGGCCAAGUUCCUUUGUGUCUGUUGCGUCCUCAGUGGCUGACCAUUCCGACACCAGUCUGCAACAUGACACUGACGAGGAUGCGACCGAGGUGAGCAAAGGGAGCAGCGCCCAGCAGGAGGCUGAGGCACCUGACACCAGGGAGGAGCCACCACAAGAGGACAUUGAAGAUUCUACUGGUGGAUCCGAACCCAGUGAUACCAAACCUGAAGCCGAGGCCUUGGGAGGGAUGCCAGAGGGGGAGGAGGAAGCCAAAGGGAGAGAGGAGGCAAGUGCCACCUGAGGAAGCACAGCUGCAGAUAGAGUGCAAGUGAUUUCCUUCUUACUCUUGCUAAUGACCUCUACUCCUGCUUUGUAUGAGGCCAGUGAGGGGCUGCAGACCCCUGAAGGCCCAUCCUCAUGGCCACUGGAGGUUUGGAGGUGGUGGUGCUCUUCUGAAGGCCCAUUCAGAUACAGCAAAUACUGUGUUGCAGUUCCACUGGACUGAAGUGUGCAGAAAGGACAGCUUUGGUCAGGGACCUGAGCAUUGCAACACAAAAUAUUUUUUGUUUCCUUUGUAUGAUAUUGUAAAUGAAAAGAUUUUAAUUAAAGUGAUUUAAUUAUUUACUCUUGAUAUCCAAGAUGAUAGACUGUGUGCAUGUGCAACAUAUGACUCUAGGCUGGCUGGACACAGCACAUAACGUGACCAAGCAGUAGACAUGUACAUACAGUGAGGUGGAAAGUGUGGUGACCCUGGAGCCAGGGCUCCUGCCUGGUGCAGGGUCAUCCUCCAGUGGGUGGUGCAGCACACCCAGGCUGGCUCCUAGUUCCAAUCUGAUCAUCAACUGACAUAGAUUUUUGUAGCAUGUGGAGCCCUUAUUGUAAGGUUGUAAUCAUUGCAAUUCCAUGUAGCAAGUGAUUCUAGAAAAUAAUGUAAUUGUUUGGUUGUAAUUUCUAUUAAUGUUGUCAGAAUUCUGUGUAUGCUACAAACCUCAUUUGUGGAUCCUCUUUUUGAACUACUUAAAUACUUUUCUAACCAUGUUUGCUCCCCCACAUGCUACAGCUCCAGGUUUGCCAAAGUCAAAUAUGAACUCCCAUGAUAGGGAAAUACCUUAGUCAGCUUUUUCACCAAAUGUUUGUUGUACUAUGUUCAAAUAUCAUAAUCAAGUCACCUGGUGUCCAUUAUGUUCCUAGUCCUUUGUGUUGCGGAAAGCUGCUGUCCCGCUGAGCCACCGUGGACCAACGCCAGACUCUCAAGUCACUACCUUAGGAUACCUGUCAUGUACCUCCCCAGGCAGGCAUGUCACCGGCCUGCCUCAGACACCCACUUGAAGCACCAGUUUAUUGUUCACUCAUGGAAAAUCCCUCAUUGUUUAACCCCAAAGUCACCAUCUGUAUAACUACCAGAUUAUUCCCUGAUAAUAUUCUCUUCAGUAGAUGUUCAUUCUCAGCAUAGACUAAUGUAUUAUGUAACUUAAUAUUCAUUUGUGUCUCAUGAAAUUUGUUCCUUCAAAGCCUGUGUCUGCAGGGUAGUGUUCCCCUGGGUGGAGGCAGAGGUGACUCAGGGUGAGGGAAAAUGAGUGGAGAGGAUGUAUAAAGGAAGUGGAGGCUGCCCUGCAACCUACCUUCUGUGAGAUGUAGUUCCAUUCCACGUUCCAAAGUUGGAGGUACUCCUUCACUUAGCCAGUGGUGGUUGGUGUCCCUCCACCAUUCUGGCUGUUGGUUGAGGUGUUACUCCACUUGAACUGUGUUGGGUUGAAACUCCUGAACACUGCCAGAGGGCAACAACUUGUCAAGCUAAAUGAGAGGGUGUUCUCUUGUUCAUUUGUAUGUACAUAUCUUUGUUGCCCAAAUACUGUGGGUAAACAGUAAACACAUUACCACAAAGUGAUCAUUUGUAAAUUGUAAUAAUGUUAUUGUAUAAUCAAUCAGCAUAAUGUAUAGUGCAGCCUAAAUGCAUAAGUAAUAAAAUUACAAAAUAUU